AUGCGCCCAGCUUUAUUUCUCAGUGCCAGCCUGGCAACGAGCUCCAUUGCCGCACCAACGCUCCUACGCGGACUAACAAACGUCUUGAGCACACUGACGGAGCCAAUCCAAGACAUAAAGCAACUACUCGAUACGUCGACUACAUGCGAUACAUCUCGGAUCUCACUACCAACAUCAGGGUCUGAUCUGCCCGUUCCUGACGGCCAGAUGCCCAUUUAUGUUGCAGUAGGACGUGGUACACAGAACUACAGCUGCGCAACAUCCACAUCCGACUCGACUCCCGAAGCAAUCGGAGCCGUAGCGAACCUCUACAAUGUCACUUGCAUCGCAGCAAAUGACCCGGACAUGGUUGCCAAACUUCCGAACAUGGCCUACAAGAUGCCAUCGAUAAACAACUACUCCUCCAUUCUCCGUGCUGCAAAUGUUGACCUGCUAGGUCAUCAUUUCUUCCAAGGUUCAACACCGGUUUUUAACCUCGACACCACGCCAGCACAGCAGUACGGGAUCGCAUUCACCAAAGUGCAAAAGAAAGUGGAUGCGCCCCCUGACUCGGUGCAGGGUGAUAAUGGUGCCGUGGAGUGGCUGUACUUAUCGACUAUCAGUGGCACCGUGGGAGACUACAAGAGUGUCUAUCGGGUUAACACGGCCGGGGGAGCAGCGCCUAAGACCUGUGAGAAUAUGCCGUCUGUCAUCACAGUCCAGUAUGCAGCAAAUUACUAUUUUUAUGGGGAAGGAUCGUGA